CCCCACCUUCAAAAUAAUUGAGAAAAAAGUUCAGUUAACCAAAAAGGUGUUUUUUAGUGUUUUUGGAACUAAUUUCGUGGACUUGUAUAGGACUUAAAUAUUAUAAAAGGUGUCUAAUCGUCUGAGAACAAUAUAUUUGUGUUCGGUAUGUGAGUUAUGAUAUCAAACAAUUCAUCCUACAAACUCAGGGCCUCCAAAAGCUCUAGAGAGGUCCAUGAAUUUGAUUAUGGUAAUUCAGAUGACAAUUACGACAAUGUCGUUGAUGAAGAUGUAAAAGGCGCCCCUUAUUUGAAAGACUCUAGAAAUAAGGGGGGAGUAGGUAGAACCAGGUCCACUGAAUUUAGAUCUAGCAAAAUCAGUGAUCGAAGAGGUGGGUCCAGAAGCAGAGGUUCUGGUUUACCGGGACGCAAGGGAGACCGAGAGUACUCGGACAACUUUUAUAAUAUAAGGAAAUAUGAUUCCAGAAAUUCAGAAUUACUUGGAAGUAGAGGGAAGUUUUAUGAACCAGAGAAGAAAACUGAAAUCAAAUUGAACUUGCCAGAAGAUACAAGAAUAUCCAAACUUCUUAGAAGGCUCAAUAUAGAAACUGAUCAAGACAACUCAUUGGCUAUUUCAAAGAAGCUUCUUGAAGUAUUACUUUUACCUGACAAUGCUCACUAUGUUCGCAAAGCUUUUCACAUUCUUGGAGAAUCCAUGUUUGAAAUCUUACAUGUUUCUCCUGGACCUAUGGCGAAAAAACAAGCUGCAAGGGCACUGGGUCGCAUGGGUUACAUAAUGGGCCAAGAAAAUGAUUUUGAAAGAUACCAGCAUUGGUUAUUUAAUAAAAUGGCCAACACUUUUGAGGAGAUGCAGAUUUUGCUAAUGAGAAGUAUUCAUGAAACUUUAGCAUUUGAGGAAAAGAAACCUGUUUUACAAAGUCACAUUGAAAAUCUAAUAAAUAACUUAGUAGCGGCAAUUGAAACCAUAGAAAAUGCGGAAGUAUUUAAAUCUAUACUUGAUGUCUUGGUAACUGUUGUUGAAAUGUACCAAUCAGAAUUUUAUGAACAAUUUCGAGACACCAUAGAUUUAUUAUUUGGAUGGCAUGUAGAUCACACUCAACCUCUAAGCAACAUUGAAUUCAUUUCGAAAAGCCUGCAAAGAAUUUCACAUCAUUUUAAGUUUUAUUUAGAAUUUUCUGUUCAGCUAAUAGAAAAUUUUUUAGAGGACAUUGGAAACUAUGCUGCUCAAUUAAAGGAAACGGGGGAUAUGAGUACUUUAGAUCAUGUCACUGUAUUGAUUUUGGCUAUGAAUACAGUUUUAAAAUGUUUAGACAAGACAUUUCAUCCAGAAACUAACAAAAAUGUAUCAGUAGAGUUUAUAACUUCUGCAUUAUCAAGAAUUAUUAAAACCGUAACUGACAGUUUAGAAUCAUAUGUUCCAGAUAAUUUGACAAUUGCUGGUAAUGACUGUAUUGGAUUAUUACUUAGUUAUCUUGAAAACAAAUCACAAUUUAUUUGCAAUCAAAUAUACACAUUAAUUGAUAUGGAACUAUCUAUGUUAACAGAUUUAUCAGAUGCCACUGUUAUUUCUCUGUUAAUUUUAAUAUCAAAAAUUGUUAAGGAACUUUCUGCUAAUCUACCUAUAGAAUUAAUAGAAAAACUUAUUGGUCCAAAUUCUGAGAUUGUAAAAUUAAGAUCUUCGCCAUUUAAUAACAUUCAAGAGGCUGUUAUUUGUGUGUACCAAGCAUUGUUAAAUUUAAAAAAUGUGUCAUUGCUACAAGAAGCUUAUAGAUAUGUUUUGGGUGACUUGGAAAUAGUCUACAAGCAAAUAGUGCCAACAGUACACCCUUUUACUCAUAAUAACCCAUUUUCUAAUUUUACUGGAAAAGACCCAGAACAAACAACACUGUUCUUAUUAAGGUGCCUAUCACAAUUGGCAAAUGCAAGUUCAAUUAUUGUUAUGUGGGCUCUGAAACCAAGUAUUUUGGAGCUUGUUGGAGUAUAUAUGAUGCCACAUGACAGGAAUUUAUGUAAAACAGCACCUUCUUUGCAAUACUGUAUGCUGUAUUUACUAUUUUCUCAUUGUAAAUGUUAUAAUCACUUUAUAUCAAACAGUACUUUAGUCAACAAAACUCAAGAAGUUACAAAUAUUAUGAAUAGGUUCGCAUUAACCGAAGGCUUAAAUAUUAAUGAUGUUCCUAACAAAUCACCUAAUUCUGGAAAUUUUGCAGUCAUAUUAGACAUAAUAAAUAAUGCACUUUCAGCUGACGCUUCAACUGACAUAAUGCUACUACUUCUGCAAUGGCUAAAUGAUGUUCUGAUCAACUCAGAAAUUUAUUUAGAAAGCCUAUAUGUUGAUGAAAAGUUUUCUAAAAUGGUUGAUGCUCUAGUAUGCUGUGGAUAUAGUUUUAACAAUAAAAUUGUGUUAGCUGUAUAUGAUAAUCUUGAUAAACUAUUAUCAAACAAACAAUUGUCAUGGUCUAAUAAUUUUUUAUCCAAUAUCUGCGAUCUUUGUAAAUUGCACAUGAAUUCUAAUAAGCCUGAGAUUCGUAAUUCUUAUUCAAAAUUAUCAUCCAAUAUACCAUGGGACAUAGCUGUAGUAGAGCUAAAUAAAAUGAAUUCUAUUUACUCAAUGAAAUUAAAGAGUACCUAUCUUAAAGAAUACAAUAACUAUAUGGUUUACCUAGCUCAACAUUUACAUUUAAAUGGUACCGUUGAUGGAGAAAUGUACCCCUUACAUUUUAAAACUUUGAUGAAGUAUCUUCUACACAACGAUACAUUAUCUGCAAAUUGGUUGGAAGACAUUUUUACUUGUUGUUGGGCUAUCGAAUCCGAGUCUCAAAUGAAUAUGGAGUUGUUUUUUGAACUUGUUAUUAACAAUCGUCAAGUUUUAAACAAUUGGAUAACUUUGGAAGCUGCCGAAUUUUGUGUUAAUUAUAAAUUGAGAACUCCUUUAGGAAAACCAAAUGAAACUUUCACUAAAAUCGAGGGGACACUAAACACUCUAGGAAAUGAGUUGAUAGCUCUUAAGAAAAAUCCAGAAAAAAAACUAGAAUCUGACCACAACAAUGGAAAUAGAGUUAGAAUGCUAUUGAGAUUCGUAGAAAAUCUGGAGAAAGCUAUCUACAAUGCCUCUGAAGGGUGUGCUUUGGCUAUGCCACCCCCAUCAAAAGUCGUUAAAUCUUUUUUCAUUGCAAAUACAAAUACUUGCCAUGAAUGGUUUUGUAGAAUACGCAUCGUAUUAAUGCACAUAGCAUUGCAUUGUGGAGAAAUCAAUGUAGCGCUGAGAAAUGGGCUUUGCUACCUCAAAGAUUUUAUUGAUCUUGGUAGGACCAGUACUCAAGAGUUUGAACGAGUUGCUAUGAUUGUAACAUUGGCCAUGUUACAUCUAAAAGAACCUGAAGCCUUAUAUGGACUUUAUGCUUGGUGUAAAACUGUUCUAGGCAAACGCUAUUUAUGGAUGAAAUGUGCUGCAGAACAAUGUUGUAAAAAAUAUGAAAUGGCAGUUGAAGGUUAUAAGAAAAUUUUACAAGAGAAGACUGAUUCAUAUCAUUCAUCUGAAGAUGAGAGUAAACUCGAUAGUGAUAUACAUAAUUUUAUCAUAGACCAAAUAAUAAUUUGUUACAAAGAAAUGAGUAAUUGGAUUGAUUUAUUUGAAUGGCAUACUGAACAAGAUACCAUUGAAAAUGGAAGGAAAUACUGGUUUAAUGUUACAGAUUGGGAUACGAAUAAAAUAUUAUUUGACAUGGAGUCAAAAAACCAUGCAUUUGAUGAAUUGGGCACUUGGAAUUUCAAAAAUAAGGAAUCUUGGAGUAUUUAUGAAAAUGUGUGUAAUGUAGAAAGCAAUUUAUAUAAUAUUGCUGUAAAAUUAGCAACCAGAAAAGAUCAAAAUUAUGCUUCAGAAAUAGAUAAUAUGAUGACCAAUAUUCAGAAUAACAUUGAAGAUCAUUUACACUUAGCUCCAUCUGAUAGCCUUCAGAAUUUUUCUCUAUUACACUAUGUUGUUAAUGGUUUAAAACAUGUAGCGCAAGGAAAUCCUGCACACACUGUAUUUUUAGUUUCUGAGUCAUUUGAAACUGAAAUACAUAGAAUCGAUUCUUCUGUCCUUAGAAAAAUACUUUGGUGGUCUGAGUACUUCGGAAAAGUCCAAAAUCAAGGAUUUAAUGUAUUUUGCAGUAACUUAAGAUUAGACAUUAUUAAGAGAUCACGUAAAGAGAAAAAUUUUAAAAUGACCAUCAACCAAAUCAAUAAAUUCUUUGUAGACAGAGAUAUCGUAAUGUCUGGAGAACUGAAUAUUAAAGAUAUAGCAACCACUUUUAUACAAAAAAUACCAGAUAUAAAUAUAUGGACAAUUGAUGUUGCCAGGGCUGUUUUUGAGGUUAUAAAACUAUCCUAUUCUUAUGAACAAAACCAUCAGCAAACAUUUAACUUGUGUGCUGCAGGCUCAACAGCUAUUUCUAAAUAUGCAGAAUUAUUUGGUGUAAAUGAAUUAAGAAAAAUUAGUAGCAAAAUAUUGUUGAAAUUAUCAAAUUGGUUGCAAAACAAUGAAAGUGUUUCUUUAACUGAAAUGAAUAGUCCUUUAGGGAAGCUUAUACUGGUUUUACCAGAAAUAGGGAUGGUAGAAUGUACCACUUCAAAUAUAAUUCCUCUAAAUGAAAUUUCGAUAGGAAAACUUCUUCAAUUCAGUGUGCACCACUACGGAAAUCUAGCUAAGAGUUGGAAUGCUUUUGGUACUUGGUGUUACCGUUGGGGUAAAAAAAUUGUAGACCACAGUUCUGAUAUUAAAAAUAAUUUAAGCGAUGAACAUUGCUUAGAAAUAAAAAAGUUAUUGCCGCCUGAAACAUCUGAAGAAGACUUAACAAAAAUAUUUUUAAUAUUAUCUCAAACUCGCAACAUUAUUGAUGAAGAAGACAUUGAUUCCAAUGAAAUUAAAACCUCUGAGAUGAUCCAAUCUCAAUUACAAAAUGUCGGAAUUUUAAAAGAUGCGUUAGAAACUCAGUUACAGAGUUUAUUGCAAAUAUGGAGAAGUACCCAGAAAAGAAUAUAUCAUUAUUAUGCUCUAAGCGCCGAGGCUUACUUUAAAUAUUUACAGCUAGUACUUCAAUCUGAAAAUGUUACAAAGAAUACAGAGUGCAAUACAAUAACAGUAACAUUAAGAUUGCUGAGAUUAAUUGUAAAAUACGCACUUGAAUUGCAAAAUAUUCUUGAAGAAGGUCUUCAAACAACACCAACGCAUCCUUGGAAAGUUAUAAUUCCUCAGCUUUUCUCAAGACUUAACCAUCCAGAAAGUUAUGUCCGCCUUCGUGUUUCUGAUCUUUUAUGCAGAGUAGCUGAAGAUGCUCCCCAUCUCAUCACCUUCCCAGCUGUUGUGGGAGCACUGGAAGGGGGAUUGAAGUUUGAUUUCUCUGAAAUAACUCUACCGAAAGACUGUUUGUCUCAGAACAACGAAUCAUGUGAAGAAAAUGAACUUAACGAAGAAGAUGAUAACUAUGAUAGUGACGAUAAUGAAGAAGUCGUUACUAAUAAUAGUUUGCAGAUUUGUUUUAAGACGAUGGUAGAUACUUUGAGCAAACAAGAUCCUGAGACUAUUGCACAAGUACAAACCCUUGUCAAAGAAUUAAGAAGGAUUACACUUCUUUGGGACGAAUUAUGGUUAGGAACCCUAGCCCAGCACCAAUCCGAAAUUAAUAAAAGACAACAGCAACUGGAAUAUGAAAUUGAAAAAGUAAAUGAAAACGCCAGUUUAGAUAAAGCAGAGAAGGCAUCACUUGUUGUAGAAAAGCACAGAAUUAUCAUAAAACCAAUAAUAUUUGUCUUGGAACAACUGUUAGAUGUGACUAGUGUAGAAGCAGAAACUCCUCAUGAGAAGCAAUUCCAAGAGAAAUAUUUAGAAGAUAUUGUAAAAGUUAUUAAAAAUUUAAAAGAUCCCGAUCAUCCGGAAAAUCCACAAGAAUCCCUAUUACCACUUAAACAAUUACAAAAGAAAUUUCAGCAGAAAUUCCACAAAAGAGCUUCUUAUUCACUUAAAAUGCAAGAUAUUAGUCCAGUACUUCACAAUUUGAAGGACAGCGUAAUAGCUAUGCCAGGUUUAGCAUCAAUAACAAAGAAAAACGUUACAAUUUCCUAUGUUUCUAACAUUGUAUCCAUUUUACCAACAAAAACGAAACCUAAAAAAUUAAUAUUUUAUGGUUCUGAUGGCCAAACUUACACUUAUCUCUUCAAAGGUUUGGAAGAUUUGCAUCUAGAUGAAAGAAUAAUGCAAUUUUUAAGUAUAGCUAACACGAUGAUGGCCCAAAUUGCUGAUCCAUCUGGUUCUAAUUUCUACAAAGCCAGGCACUAUUCUGUUAUUCCAUUAGGUCCAAGAUCUGGACUAAUUUCCUGGGUUGAUGGUACAACACCGGCUUUUGCUUUAUAUAAACGAUGGCAACAAAGAGAAAUUGCUAAACCGAAUUCAAAAAGUUUCACCAAUGUUAAUGCUGGCGUAUUAAGGCCUUCAGAACUAUUUUAUAAUAAAUUGAAUCCUCUACUUCAAGAACACGGCAUCAAGAACAUAGAGAACCGCAAAGAAUGGCCUUUGAGCAUCUUAAAACAAGUUUUGACCGAACUCAUGAAUGAAACUCCAAGUGAUUUGCUUUCUAGAGAAUUUUGGUGCAAUUCAGUUAGUCCAGACUUAUGGUGGCAAGUUAUUAAACGUUACUCAUAUUCAAUUGCUGUUAUGAGUAUCAUAGGCUAUAUUAUCGGUUUGGGUGAUAGACAUUUGGAUAAUGUGUUAGUUGAUUUGACUAGUGGUGAUGUCGUUCAUAUUGACUACAAUGUUUGCUUCGAGAAGGGCAAGACUCUUCGAGUACCAGAGAAGGUGCCAUUUAGACUGACUCCGAAUAUUAAGGAUGCAUUGGGUGUGACUGGAGUUGAGGGCAUUUUUCGUUUGGCAUGUGAGAAUGUUUUGAAAGUAAUGAGGAAAGGCAGAGAAACUUUAUUGACAUUAUUAGAGGCAUUUGUUUAUGAUCCACUUAUUGAUUGGACGGUAGGUGGUGAAGUUUUAGCUGGUACAACAUUUGGAGCUCUAACUACAGAUACGAAUUCCAAACAGAGUAAAAAAGAAUUGGAGAAGGAAGUUACUUUGUCGAUGUUUAACGUAAGAUGUACAGAGAUGCGAGCAGAAUGGAACGAAAAUAAGGAAGAAAUUCUAAAUGAAAUACCAAACUUGAUCAAGAGCCUGAACGAAUAUUUGACAUUAAUAACAAAAGUUGCCGAUAUGGAAGAUAAACUUCAAGAUUUACAUCAACAGCUCGCCCUAAUCAAAGAAGCAGAAGCUCAGGGUGUCCACAACCAUUCUUUGUAUUCCCUACCAUCGCAUUUCGAUACUUAUCAUAAGUCUCAAGCUUCUAUCAAUAAUGCCAAAUCUGAAUUGUGCAACAUUAUUAGCGAUUGUGAAGAACAUAUUAAGAUUUAUUCAAAUUUACUUGUAUUACAUGAUAACCAACAGUUUUCGCAAUGGUUAAUGGACAUUAAAGUUGUAACUAAUGAAGAUAGCAUGCGUAUUUUCGAUUUAGUCAAAGAAUUCCUACAUAACGCUGGCAAAAAUGAUGUUAUUACUCAGUGUGAGCAUUCAGAAAAAGAAGUUUUUCAGUUGUUGCAACACCUAAACUUAUCUGUACGAAAAUGUUUACAGAUAUAUCAAGAUUAUUUUUCGAUACUUACUCAAUGUCCUAAGUCUUAUUUAGAUUCGCAUAGAGUAUACAUGUAUAUAAAGUGGUGUAAAUUUCUAUUAGAAAACAACAACUACUCCAGCUGCGAUGUUGUUUACCAACAAAUUAGAGACUUCUUGGAUUCCCCUACAAUCAUCCAUCCUCAGGUGGUCGCCGUUGCAUACAGUUUGGAAACUUUAUACAAAGAAAAUUUAAUGCAAGUCAAUAAAUUAUUUGGCGAUUUAGAAAAUUUCCGGUCUAAAGAAUCUAGCGAAACUUUAGAGAAAGUAUACAACAACGCCAAAGCCGGCGUUAAUACGUUUAUAACACUGGAAAAAGGAGCAACAAGUGCAUUAGAAUUCGUUAUCGUUAGUGAAUGGGUUCUUUUGAAUAGGAAUUUAUUAACAUUGGAAAUAGCUGCACAACGUAGCGGUGAUUGGUUGAUCAAAUUAACAUCGCGAGAUGGAGACUGGUUCUUAGAUGAUCUCCUAUUACACAGCACCAGAGCAGUAGAAAUGAUUAGUUACCUUCCUUCUUCCAAGCAAAAUUACAAUGAAAAUUUUUAUAAAAUUUUGAACGGCAUCAAAAUUGCUAGUAACAUUUAUAAAGGAUUGUACGACUUGAAUUAUAACUUCCAUACAAUCAUACUUCCGGAAUCUAUGAAGAAGAUACAGGCAGAAGAACCUUCAGUAAUUGAGCUGAUUAAAGAUUUGAAUAGAAUUAUUGCCGACAUUGGCGUUUCGAUUCCGGAUAUGAUUGCGCAGUUAGAGAAACUUUUGACGUGCGUUUUGAUGCAAAUGGACUAUGGUAGCAAUUAUGAGUAUAUCUUGGAGAGAGUUUCAAUGAUCAAAAAAAAUUUUUUGGCCCUAAUACCCACUCAAUCCGAUUCUCUGAGCCAAGGAAAGAUGUUGCUAAUGGGUUUUAAUGGACUUUUUGAAAAAUUGUCUCAAGAAAUUGUCAAUUUAACGAACACUUUGGGUCAUUUGGAUAUACCAAAAUCAUGGAAGCGACUAGAUCAUGUUAAAGAAGCUAAAAAUAUAGCUCCACAUAUUUUUAACAUCCAAGUUCGAUCAAUUCUGGAAGAUAUAUUUUUCUUAAAGAGACUAAAAGCCAUCGUUGAAUUUUUUACUUUGGUGCAAGAAAUGUGUCAGUCUCUAAAAGGCAUUGGAUCUGGCAUUAUUUUCAAUGACGAACAAUUAACCAAACCUGUGAAACAGUUUAUAGCCGAAUUUAUUUCACGGAAAUUGUUAGGAAUAUUACCCGAAAUUGUAACAUAUGCAGUAUGUUUCUUAUUACAACAUUUAGGAUUAGACGUUACCAAUGAAAUUGAACAAAAAGAUAUUGGUGCUGAAAGUAAAGUUCCGCUAGACGAAUUGUACACAAAAGCUUGGAACAUCUUACUCAAAGAUGGCACAUUUUCUCAAAACAUACUCUCACAAGCAUCCAGUCUUGAAACAAACCUAAAACUAGCUUGGGAAAAAAUACAGGAACCUAAGAAAAUUGAACAAAAACUCACGGUUCUUCAAUCUAGUACAAUCAGGUUGCAGGGUCAGUUAGCAGUACAUAACAUGAUGUUUGACGAAAUUUUACAAUUGCAAAGUUUUUCAUCUGUACGAGCAAAAUUUACAGUUGAUAUCCAAAACGAAAUAGGCAACUUACAGAAUAUUUACAGGCAGCUUGUAGAAGCGAAGAACAACCAGGAAAAGUUAAUAGAAAAAGCUGACCAAAGACUGAAAUGGGCCAAAGGCGCUAAUCCGAACGUGGGAGAAAUAUCAGCAGCCUUUGAGGGCGCUGUAGAAAACAGAAAUAUUCAACUGGAUUUGGGAUUAAAAACCGCGAACCAUAUUCUUUCAUCGUAUAGCACUGUUUUAAAACACGAAUUAUUAAGAUCAAGAACUUCCGAGGUCACUAAGGAUCACGACAAAAUGUUUUUGAAAGCAUUUGAAACUUGGCGCUUGGCUUGCCAAUACACAGAUUCGAGAACAGAUUCUCUACUUCCAUCAGAAGAAAGUAUCUUGAAAAUGCUGACCCCCGAAUUACUUAAAGAUUCAAAGUGGUUACAAAAAGUAUCUGAAUCUCUUACCGACACUAUUACACAAGCUCAAAAAGAAUUAAAAGAUAGUAGAGAAACUAGUUUCUCAGAUAAUGAUAAUUUAACAUCAUUAAUGGACAAUUUCAAGGCUAUUUAUAAUAUACAUGGUAAAUUGAUCUCCGAUGUUAAAGGUUUGAUGAAAAUCAUGACGAAAAUCGAAGAUUACAGCAUCCCUACUCAGUACUUUAUACAGGAAUACAGAUCAUACAUCGAUCAUUUUUCAUCUCUAUUUUCCAAUUUCAAAAAGGAGCUGACCGUAGAAGAAAUCAAAUCACUAUUAAAUCAUUUAGACUACAUACGAGAUAAUACGGAAUCUCUAUAUGAAAAUUUACUAAAUUUAGAAUCGGCUCAAAAGAGAGCGCAACUUGUUAGACAGAAGUCUUUGAAUGACAAUAACGACAAAUUGAUUCACCAGAAGCAGGAGAGCACGACGAAGGGACAACAGAGAAAUGCUUAUGCGGUGAAUGUGUGGCGUAGAGUGAAAAUGAAGCUUGAAGGAAGGGAUCCCGAUCCAGGCAGAAAGAGCUCUGUUCAAGAACAGGUGGAAUACGUAAUCCACGAGGCAACCAAUUUGGAUAAUCUUGCUUUACUAUACGAGGGCUGGACUCCAUGGGUGUGAAAAGCGGCAACAGACAAGGCAGUAAACCUGCCGCCUGGAUCUCCUUCGGUUCUACUAGUAGAGCUCCGCGCACGAGUUGCGGCAAAUAAAUGUGGAAAAAGCAGCAUCUCCAUCUAAUUAUACUUGCUUAACCGGAUCAAGUCGCUUAGUUUUAUUGUUCUUGCAAGAGGUCGCGGUGUCAUCAAUCUACUGAAAGAAAUUUAAAAUUCAAAAUAAAAUGGACUUUGCAACACCAGUAAAACUUUGCUGUUUGCAAACAUAGCAAAGUCUUUAAAUAAAUGCUGCUUUUUAUUUUGUUAUCCAAGGUAUUGUCAGAGUUGGCAAAAAAAAAAAUAAAAAUACAUCUGUCAAGGUGACGGAACAAGUAUAAGUAUGAAGUUUAUUUAAAAGUGGCGAUGUAACUAUGCCUUUACAAUUCUUCAUUUGGUUUAUUACUUAUUUUCAUCUUUUCAUUAAUUUCUGUUUUUGUUUCUUUUUCAAAUAAAACUUGUUUUUUUUUUCAAAGUUUAUUUUAUGCCAUUUGUCACCUGUCACUUUAAUUUUUGGUACGUUCAAGAUGCACCAAUUCUAGUAGUUGGUAUAUAGAAUUUAUUUUUUUUUUCACAUUAUGUCAUUCUUUUCUCUUAUGCAAGGGAACAUGUUAGUAAAAAAAAUCUUUAUUGAACACCAUCUGAUUGGCAGUAGCAAAAUGUUACGUAUUUCGCAUAAAUUUAACUGUUAAUUUAAGUCUGCACAAAUUAUACUCCUUAACUUACGAAAGUUAUUGCUCCACUAAUUAUACGGAAUAAUUUUCACAAAAAAACAACUGCAGAAUAUCAAAUGUUUGGUUUCAUACUUGGUACCGCUAAAAGCAGGAAACUUUUGGCUGAUUUAUCAUUAAACUAUUUUUGUCUUUAUAGAAACAUGACAUUUGAUUGACUUAUUUAUUCAGUUAAAUAACUUUUAUAAGGGUCAGUUGGGUAACAAUUUAUCUAAAUGUUACUUCAUACAUUCUGGUUAGAACAUGUUUAUAUACCAUUUUAAUGUUUCUCUUCAAAUACUAUGGAUUAAAAGAAAUUUGUUACAGAAUUGACAAUUUUCAAAAUUGUGAAUGUCAAAAAAAAAAAAUAAAAAAAAAUGAAAAACGAAAAUGUAACCAUAAAUAGAUAUUAAUAUCACAUGUGUUUAUUGUAAAAUACAAUAAUAUAAAUAAAUGUUUUAAAAAAAGGUGAAUUUAAGUAGUAAAUGUUUAUUCUCACAAAAAAACUUUAGGAGAUAACUCGUAGUUACACCAUUCUAAUUAAUAUUUUGUGGCUCAAAUAUCACAGAAAGUUCACAAUCACAUGAUAUGUAUUGACAGCUUUUUUUAAAUUUUGUUUUCAAUCGAAAGACUAUGUAGAAAAUAAUAUUGUUAAAAAUUUAAUUCCUUGUCACCUAGCUAUUCAAGAGAUCUAUAAAAAGACCAUUAUUUAUAUAUCAUACAGUAAAAUACAUAAAGAAAUUAUGUCAAAAAGUUUUGUUUGCUGCAUUAUUUCAUUUUUAGUGAUAAUCUUAAAAUGUGUCUAAAAUAAAGCAGUUAAAAGACAAUAAAUAGAAUAUUAUUAAGUUAUGGAGUUUGUAGAUCAGCAUUCAUAAAUCUAUAACAAAAGCAACAUAGUGUCCCAUUAAGAAUGGGAAAUAGAAUAACUGAAGAUUCUCUGAUUAAAAAUAAGACGAUUAUACGAAACGCUUAGGUAAAAUGUUACUCUUUUCCUAAAUAUAGGCCGUUAAAGUUGAAAAUUCAAAAAUUCAAUACUCAGUACAAUUUUUCUAAAUUAUGGAACGUUUUUGGUGUUAUAAGAUACACCUAUCUUCAACAAAAUCAGUUAAAUAUACUUUGCCGGUGGCGUACGGCAUAGAUAACUGUCCAAAAAUUUUAGACUAUAAUUUAAAUUUUUUUGAUGAUUUUUAAAUAAAAUAUUCUUGUUGGAAACUUAUAAAGUGAUUUUCGAGAUAUUCACACUCUUUAUUUUGAUUUUUUUUUUUAUUUCUAAUAUAUGAGUACCUACAUUAUAAAUUUGAAAAACAUUAAAAGAUUUAUAAUUAUAGUCCAAUUAAGUUUUUGGACAGAGGCGUAAAAUUUAGAAGGGAUGAAAGAGUUACGUACCCAUGCCGCAAGACACUGGAAAAGUUUAUUUAACUGAUUUUUUUGGUGAUAGGUAUAUCUUAUGAAACUAAAAACGUGAAUAAUAAAAAAAUUGUAGCCAUUAAUAAUUUUUGAAUUUUCCCCGUAUUUCGGAAACUAGUAAUAUUUUACCUAAGAAUGUUUUGUUUAAUCGUCUUAGUUUUAAUCAGAGAAUCUUCAGUUGUUCUAUGUCCCAUUCAUAAUAGAACACCCUGUAUAGGAUUUAUUGCAUCAUUAUAUGGUUACUAAUAGUAAACAGCCAAAUGUGAUAUCGUCGUUGAUACUACAAUACGAGAUGUCACGAAAAUUUAAUUUCUCCACGGCCACUACUGAAUGUAGUUCUUCCGAAACCAAUUAUAAUAACAGAAAGAAAACAUUCCCGCUCUUGAUAUUGAAAGGACAUUCUGAAACACUUGCUUUUUAUGUUUUUUUAUAUGUAUUUCAUUCUAACUCUAGAGACAGCAGGUUCAUUAUGUAAUAGCUACUAGCCAAUGGCUGUGAAUACCACUUCCGAAUCGUAGAUAGUCAUGAAUUUCAUGACUGACAGUUCUAAGCGACAUAUUAGUAUUUGUUUUGAAUUUGCCUGAAUAAAGAUAGCGAACUUAAAUUCAAAAAUUGCUGAAUAUAAUGAUUCUUAAAUGGAAUUUAAUAAUAUUCCUCCUGAACUGACAAAUAAUUUAUAUAAAAACUUACCUAACAUAAGUUAGAUUACAUAUUUCAUUUUGUUCAAAGUUUCAUUUUACUAUUUUCAACUCCUACUGUGUUCUUGGCCGUGGAGAAAGUACAGUCUGUUACUCUGUUGGAAUGAAAAUCCGAUAAUCUUCCACUAGUAUCGAAUGUUCAUCCCAACCUUGUUACAGAAUAUGCACUUGCGUGCAUAGAAAUCGGCCCACCGUAAACUUUUGACUUUAACUAUAUUUUUUUUUUAAAUUAUUCAUCAGAUCAAAAAAUAUUCUGUUUGAAAGACAAUUUAAUUUGCUUUAAUCUUGUCUAAUUAUUAAUUAAUAAGAGUAAUGCUGUUUAAUAAUUAAAAAAAAAAUACAGUUAAAAGUCAAAAGUUUACAGUGGGCUGAUUUCUAUGCACGCAAGUAUACUAUUCACGGGCGACUCUAAAAUGCUAAUAGGUACUACAUAAUAAUUCCUACAUAGAUCAUAAUUGCUAAAUAUUAUAAAUACAUUUUUGGUAUGGAAUACUGACAAUACAAUGCAUGGCGCACAGUUGGUUGCAUACUUACAAACAAUAAAGUGAUUUGACGAAACGCGUCUUGCAGUAUCAACGAUGAUAUAUCAACUACAAAUCUAAAUAUAUGUUCAGAAAUAAAAAUCCAGACAGUAACACGUGACAAAACGUCAUAUACAUUAUUUAGACUUCGUUUGCUUUAAGAACAGGCCAGGCACGUCAUCAACUUUUAGACGACAUGCCCAACUACAGAAAAACAUACAAAGUUUAUGUAUUAUAUUUAUUGUACGCUCAAGUACAGUGGAAAAGCCAAAACAAUAUUUUAACAAAAAUAAACAAAUGCACGCCUAUUACUUUGUUUUGCUGUUGGUGGAACAACGGUGGUGUCCACCAUUCCAACGGCAGUGGGCGGGGCGCUGUUGCCUGUUAAAGCAAAUGAAUUCUAUUACCAGUUUUUUUACUACAUUUAUUUUAGUUUAGACUGAAAAAUAGUUGUGACAUAUCUGGGAAUCUCUUGAAAUUGGAAUAAUUAUUACGCAAAUUUGCUUAAAAAAACAGGAAUUUACAAAAUUACUGUACUGAAUUCGGAAUUAACGUACUCUCAAUAGAUGUUCUUGAAAGUAGUAGGGUAUAACCCUUUCACAUAUGAAUACAGUUUGAUAUUUAUAGUAAAAAAUUAUUAUAAACAUAUACCAAAAAAAACGGAAAAAAGUACUUAGGUAUUUUACACACAUUUAAGGAAAAAAAUAACUGAAUUUUUACAAAAAAAUGUUCAAUAUUAUUUAUAUAAAUUUAAUGUUGUUAUUGGGAAAAAAGGUGACUCGGGAAAAAAUGUUAUAUCGUUAUCUGCAUUCUAAUACCACGUAUUAAAAUUUUUUGACGAAAUGAGUUAAAGGCACUGGUUUUGAACUUAUUGUAGACACUUUAUCGUACGAUUCUAAUACGUCUUGUUAGAGAAUUUUGUAUUUUAUCAAAGAUUUAUUUUCGCUGUUAAUGAAUUUACGGCUAAAAAACCAGUACACUCUUUAAUAUACAUUUUUUUGAAGAUUUUCUGUACCAUCGAAUAAUUAAUAAUUUUCAAUAGCUGAUAUAUUUUUGGAAACAAGAGGCAGUCGGUAGUUUUUUAAAUGAAUAUAAAUUUUAUCUGAUAGCCAUUUUUUUACUAUUAGAAUGAAUGGUUUGAAGCAUCUGUGACUUACGGUUUUAGAUCAGGCAAUAACUGAAAGAUCAAAUUAAUUGAUGAAUAAUCUAUAGCCUAAUUUCAGUACUAAAACCAAAUCAAAUUUUAUUCAAGAAGUGACAAAAUAAUGGAUUUAUACAUGCGACGUUCACUUAGUGUCUAAUUGGAAAGAAAAUAAAAUAAUGCUGUAAUAAAAGAGAAAAAUAAAAUAAAAUAUUUUUGUUGACAUGAAGUUGAACAUAUUUAAUCAGGUAAGUACAUUGAGUAUUCAUCUUGUUCUAUUGCAUAUUUCUAAAACCUUAAAUUACAAACACUUCAAACCCUUUAUCAAUGGAAUAGUCAAAGGAACAACAUAAAAAAUACAUUUUUUUUAAGACCGACCAUACUACUUUAUUUACAACCAUCAUAUUUCGAUCAAAGUUAAUAAAUCUGUUUUGUUCUGAACAUACCUAAAAUAUUACAUUUAACGACAAAUUACCAAGCGCGCGGUUUUCUCAGAAUAAUCAAGUAGGUAAAUAUAUUGUUACUGUGAUUACGGGGUAAACAACUGUCACCAAUAUAAAUAAAUGUCAGGUAAAGCCGGAUAUUAAAUUCGCGAAUAAUAAAUAUCAAUAAGUAAUUUGUUAUAUUUUAGUUCAUUGUUGUUUUUUAUUGUUUGCCAUUAAAUAGGUAUUAUAAAAUUUGUCAAAAAAAUGUGUUAUUUUUUUUAAAUAUAAAAUAUAUUCAUCUAGAAUAGAUAAAAUGAGGGCGGGAAGUGAGGACGGGAAGUAGAGGUGUGUAAUGUGACACUUCCCAACCUUUAAUAACGUUAGUAAUGACAACAUUACAUAUAUGGUUGUAAAUAAAAGCUUUACCGGUCCCUGUUUUUUAUUUUUCCGAUCGCCGUUUGAUAAUACAGUCUGCUUUGAUUUGACAGAUCAUUGAUUUUUAAUUUGUUGUUUAUGUCAAACUUGUUUUCCCAAAUUUAAAAAUAUGGAUUUAGAUUUUGAAUUAUCUGACAUAGAAAAUAAUGUAUUUGAUCAUUAAACCUCUAUCCACAAUAACUUUCUGUAAUAUUGCAUUGGGAAUAUUGCUCUCCUCGUUUUCUAUAAAUUCUUUCGCGGCCGUCUAGUGAUCUCAGAUAAAACCUGUACUCAUCAGAGAAUAAUACAUUGGUCCAAUCAGCGCCAUUCCAGUUUUCGUGUUCUCUUGCAAAGACAAGUCGAGAUCUGCGAUGUUCUACGGAUAGCAGUAGACAUAGGGCUGGUCUUAUGGAUAAUAAAUUAUGUUCAGCAAGUCGUCGACGAACUGUUCAUCUGUUUACAUCCACAGAUCUCUCUUCCUUCAGACGAUUUGUCAGUUCAACUAAAGUUAAAUGCCGAUUUCUCAAACAUGAAGAGACCAAAAAAUCGAUAAUCUUGUUCGGAUGUUGCCCAUCUACGGCCUGAUCCAUUAUCUAGUUUUAGUAUUUAAUCACUUUAUUAAAUAAAAUAAAUAAUUGAGUUUACAUCGAAGUGUCGGUCUUAAAAAAAUAUUGUAUGUCACGCGACCGAAAACUAGUGUUAAGCAGGUCUUUCCAAGCUUCCAAGUCUCUCCUACGGCUUGCCCUGGAAUCUGCUUGUCUCGACCUGCAAAAUACUACUUUCCGGUCUUGUAACGCAAAUUACUAUGUUAGAAAGUAACCAAAUCCGCCUUCUCUCCAGAAAAAUUUUAACUACUGAACAGUUCCUAUAUAAAAUGUCAUUAACGUCAAAACCGAGAGGCUUUAAUUUAAUGUGAAAUUAUUUUCUGUUAGGUUUAAUAUGCUCGACGAAUUUUAAUCAUAAAAAGUAGAUACCAGCCUUAUUUUUAGCAAUAUAAUUUAAUGACAAAUUUCGUGUGAUUGAGUCAAAAAAAUGUGUUACUUUUGUGCAACUUACGAGUAAACUUGUAUUACAUUGGUGUCUGGUGUUUGUCUAGAGCAGUGCAUCCAGAUGUUAACUAUAUGGUAAUCAAUUAAACAAAUGAAUCAUUUGCAGGUUGUUUUUGUAGAUGUUAUUCCGGUUUCAGAAAUAAAUUGAAAACCUUUAUUACCAAUCUUGUUUUGUAAUAGUGAAAACUGGAGUUAAGUUUUUUUCUGGAACUGGAUGUUAGAGUAGUAUACUAAAUAAGGUAUAAUUAAUAUUAGGCUAUUUUUGUUUUUAGUAGAUUGAUUUUAGAAAUGUGAUGAACAUUUUACAAUAGUCAGUUUAUUUUAUCCACAUUAUCAUCUGAGUAAUUCUACUCAUUACAGAC